AUGGGUCUCACAUUCCAACUGAUAUCAACUUUGUUCUACCUAUUAACAUGUCCCAGUGAUGCUUUCUAUGGACCGAAAAAGAUGUGCCAAUAUUCUGUUACAGAGAUCAUCGGCAUUGUGAACUUUCUCACUCCAAACAAGUUUUCCUGCUCUGCAAUGGAAGUGCCGGACAUCUUUGAGGAUACAAAGAAUUCCAGCACUCCAAAGUUUCCUGAGAAUUCAUCAUGCUCUCAGCUGGUCAGGACAACGAAUGACUUUGAAACAUUAUGCAAAGCUGCCACUGUGCUCCAAGAGGUCUCCAGCAAUUGCACACUCGGUCAGCUAAGAACAAUACGAAGGAACCUAAAGUAUUUAGUGAAUCAGACCAAUUGUCCCGUGAAUGAAACCAAGAAUAUUAAGUUGCAAGAUUUCCUGAGCAGACUAAAAACCAUCAAUCAGAAGAUAUUUUCAGAAAUAUAG